AUGGGUGUCGUGGACAAGAAGGCUUCUCUGGAAGGAGGGCUGGCCCGCUAUGUGCUGGGAGACAGAGCAGAGAAACGUAUGCUGCACAUUUCAGCCCGAGACUUGCUGGGGCACCAGCGCUCUGGGGACAACAGCUGCCUGGGCCUGCUGCUGCUGCUCACUGGCUGUCUCGCGCCUGCCCAGGCUGACCUGCUGGGCCUGGUCUGGCCGUGGUCCACUAGGACCACAGGCCCCACAGCCUCACUGGUCUCUGAGCCCCAGGGCAGCCCAUCUGUGCGGCCCACUGCAGAUACCACCACACAUGAUGUCCCCCAAGAUGGCUCCUUGGAACAAGAGACAACUCGUGCCAGCCCUGGGUUGCCCUUGCAGGGGCUGGCGUCUGACUGGGACAGGGCCCCCGCUGCUGUGGCUGCCUCUGCUGCAAGUCCCGACAUGAAGGAGGAGAACAUCGCAGGCGUCGGAGCCAGAAUCCUGAAUGUGGCUCAGGGUAUCCGGAGCUUCGUCCAGCUGUGGGAGGACACCCCUCCCACCGAGCGUUCCGCUGAAGCAGAGACGCUGGCCUCCGAGAUCCCCACGGGCACCUUUGACCUCCCAGGGUCCUCCAGCACCCCUCAGGAGAACAAGACCGCUCUCUGGCCUAGCAGCAUUGCUCCAAGCUCCCUGGGCUCCCAGACAACCAUGGCUGGCACCCUGCCAGUGCCCACUCAGUCACCUUCCUCCCUGGGCAGACCCCAGCCACCACUCAGGGAGUCAUCAGGUAGAGCUUCUCUCUCUGUGCUGGGCGGGGCCCCUCCCUGGGGAAGCCAGCAGUCCCCAGGCCAACCUGAGGAUCCGAAUGGUGAAGGACUCCUGCGUGCAGCAGCCGGUCCCAUCCAGCAGCACCGACAUCCUGACAUCCGCAGACUCUGGCCCCUUCUGCAACCUCUGGUGACGGGUUCUCUGGGCACGGGUUCUCUGAGUGCGUCCACGGCCUCCUCUGCUCACUCCUCUGCACCUCCGGCCGGGUCGGCUCGAAUUGCAGUUGCAGCUUUACUUGGGGACAGCAGCGCUUGGGCUUCCCACGUGGCUCACUCUGCGGGGCCUGGUUUUGCUAAUAUCUCUGCUCUGCUCGGGGCUGACCCCCUGGCCCCUGCCGGCCACUGCCUGCCCCUGCCGUCCUCCCUCCUGGUCUGCGGCCACCUGGGCAUUGGGCACUCCUGGCUGCCCAACCACCUCCAGCACCAGAGCAGUGAAGAGGUGGAGGCUGCUGCACAGGCCUGGGAGGGCCUCCUUCGGACUCGCUGCCACCCCUUCCUCACCUGGUUCUUCUGCCUGCUGCUGGCCCCACCAUGCGGCUCUGGGCCCCUGCCUGCCCUGCCACCCUGCCGCCAGUUCUGUGAGGCCUUGGAGGAUGCAUGCUGGGGCCACCUGGCAGGGGACCGGCUUCCAGUCCCUUGUGCCUCACUCCCAGCCCAGGAGGAUGGGGACUGCGUGUUCAUUGGGCCGGCAGCAGGUAACCGGCCGGCCACGUCCUCCCCACCCUUUCCUUUUUGCCUUGCCAGUUUGUGGAUUCUGGAGAUGGGUAGCAGCCAUACCAUGGGUACUGCCUUGCCUUAUCCUUGCAACAAGCUGUUUGGCAGAAUCUUUGAACAUUUUAUACCAGAGCAUGUCAACGAGGAGGUGGGGCUGCUGCAGCUUCUCGGGGAGCCUCCACCCCAACAGGUGGCCCGGAUCGAGGACCCCGAAGUAGGGCCGGCCUAUGUCUUCGGAGCAGAUGCCAGCGGUGGCCGUGCAGCACGGUUCCACUUCCCCAGCCCCUUCUUCCGUGAUUUCUCGCUGCUGUUUCAUGUGCGGCCAGCUGCACCGGGCUCAGGGGUGCUGUUUGCCAUCACAGAUGCAGCACAGGCUGUGGUCUUGCUGGGCGUGAAGCUCUCAGCAGUACAGGAUGGGCACCAAUACCUGACGCUGCUCUACACUGAGCCGGGUGCCAGUCAGACUCACACAGCUGCCCGCUUCCGCCUGCCCACCCUGGUUGGCCAGUGGACGCGCCUUGCACUCAGCGUGGAUGGCAGCUCCGUGGCACUCUACGUGGACUGCGAGGAGGUCCAGAGGGCACCACUGGCUCGAUCUUCACGGGGCCUGGAGCUGGAGCCUGGAGCUGGCCUCUUUGUGGCCCAGGCCGGCGAAGCAGAUCCUGACAAGUUCCAGGGGAUGGUUGCGGAGCUGCGGGUGCGUGCGGACCCCCAGGUGAGCCCCCUGCACUGCCUGGACGAGGAAGAUGAUGACACGGAUGGGGCGUCUGGAGACUUCGGGAGUGGGCUUGAGGAGACCCAGAAGUCGCUCAGGGAGGACACAGUUGCAGCCAUAACGCCCAGCCUCCCCAGGCCACCACCGGUCACAUCUCCACCUUUGGCCGGGGGCAGUAGCACAGAAGAUUCCAGAAUGGAUGAAAUUGAAGAAGAAACCACAGAGUCUUCAUUAGGAGCCCAGACCCUUCCUGGCUCAGCCUCAGUUUCCACAUGGGACGGGAGUGUCCCGAACCCUGGGGGUGACCUGGAACAGGGAGGCCUGCAGGGGCAGAAGUGGGAGCUGGGCACCCAGGGCCUGCCCAGCCCUGUUGGCCCUCAGGGUCCUUCAGGCCCAGUGGUGCAGAGCCCGGAGGCACAGCCCAUGCCUGGGCCACAGGGACCCCCCGGACCCCCAGGGCUGCCAGGGAAAGAUGGCACCCCAGGAAAGGAUGGUGAGCCGGGUGACCCGGGCGAAGAUGGAAGACCGGGUGACACAGGGCCACAGGGUUUCCCAGGCACUCCAGGAGAGGUGGGCCCCAAAGGUGAGAAGGGGGAUCCUGGAGUUGGGUCAAGAGGACCUCCAGGACCCCAAGGGCCUCCAGGGCCACCGGGACCGUCCUUCAGACACGACAAGCUGACUUUCAUUGACAUGGAGGGGUCUGGCUUCGGGGGUGACCUGGAGACCCUCAGGGGCCCACGAGGCUUCCCCGGCCCUCCGGGGCCCCCAGGAGUGCCAGGCCUGCCCGGUGAGCCAGGCCGUUUUGGAACGAACAGCUCCAUCUCUCCAGGACCUGCAGGCCUUCCUGGUGUGCCUGGACGGGAUGGACCCCGCGGCUUUCCUGGCCUCCCAGGGCCCCCAGGUCCUCCAGGACGGGAGGGACAACCAGGAGAGACUGGCCAGAAAGGCAGCAUCGGUGAAGCAGGCGCCCCAGGACCCAAGGGCAGCAAGGGAGAUCCAGGCCCUGUUGGUGCUCCUGGGGAGAACGGCUUGGCAGGACCCCCGGGACCGGCUGGACCACAGGGACCCCCUGGACCCCCUGGACCACCAGGACCAGGAUUCGCUGCUGGAUUUGAUGACAUGGAAGGCUCCGGGGGACCUUUUUUGGCAGCAGCCCGAGGAGUGGAAGGGCCACAGGGACUGCCUGGCCUACCAGGACUGAAGGGGGAUCCUGGACCAGCUGGGUCACCUGGGAUUAAGGGAGAAGUUGGAGCAAACGGAGCCCCUGGGCCCCCAGGCCUCCCCGGCAGAGAGGGCACUGCUGGCCCCCAGGGGCCAAAAGGAGAUAAAGGAAGCCAGGGAGAAAAAGGUGACCCAGGGAAGGACGGAGUGGGGCAUCCAGGCCUCCCCGGGCCCCCUGGACCCCCUGGACCUGUGGUCUACGUGUCAGAGAAGGACAGCGCAGUGGCCAGUGUGCCAGGACCCGAGGGCCGGCAGGGGUACGCAGGCUUUCCUGGACCUGCUGGGCCGAAGGGUGACCUGGGCUCCAAAGGCGAGCGGGGCUUCCCGGGACCCAAGGGUGAAAAGGGUGAACCUGGCAGUAUCUUCAGUCCUGAUGGCAGAGCUCUGGCCCUCGCCCAGAAAGGAGCCAAGGGAGAGCCAGGCUUCCGAGGACCCCCGGGUCCAUACGGACGGCCUGGGUACAAGGGAGAGAUCGGCUUCCCUGGACGGCCGGGCCGCCCUGGCAUGAAUGGAUUAAAAGGAGAGAAAGGGGAGCCAGGAGAUGCCAGCACUGGAUUCAGCAUGAGGGGAAUGCCCGGACCCCCAGGCCCUCCAGGACCCCCAGGCCCUCCUGGGACUCCUGUCUAUGACAGCAACGCCUUUGUGGAGUCAGGACGCCCUGGGCCUCCAGGACUGCCAGGGUACCAGGGGCCUCCUGGAGCAAAAGGUGACAAAGGAGAAGUGGGCCCACCCGGACCACCAGGGCAGUUCCCGAUUGACCUGCUUCACUUGGAGGCUGAGAUGAAGGGGGAGAAGGGAGAACGAGGGGACACUGGACAGAAAGGGGAAAGGGGGGAGCCUGGUGGCGGUGGCUUCUUCAGCUCAAGUGUGCCUGGCCCCCCUGGCCCUCCAGGCCCCCCGGGCUACCCUGGGAUUCCGGGUCCCAAGGGAGAGAGCAUCCGAGGUCAGCCCGGCCCACCUGGACCUCAGGGACCCCCUGGCAUUGGUUAUGAGGGACGCCAGGGCCCUCCUGGGCCCCCCGGCCCUCCAGGACCCCCUUCGUUUCCUGGCCCUCACAGACAGACCAUCAGUGUCCCUGGGCCUCCAGGCCCUCCUGGCCCUCCAGGGCCUCCUGGAGCCAUGGGCGCCUCCUCAGGGCAGGUGAGGAUCUGGGCCUCGUACCAGGCCAUGCUGGGCAAGGUGCAUGAGGUGCCUGAGGGCUGGCUGCUCUUCGUGGCAGAGAGGGAGGAGCUCUUUGUCCGUGUCCGGAAUGGAUUCCGGAAGGUCCUGCUGGAGGACCGAACACCACUUCCAGGUGGGAUGCCCCCUGUGGUGCAGCUACACCAGGGCAACCCAUACCCCAAGAGAGAGCAACCCCACUCCACUCUGCGGCCCUGGAGGGCAGAUGACUUCCUGGCCAAUCCCCCGCGCCUGCCAAAUCCCCAGCCCUACCCUGGAGUUCCGUACCAUGGCUCCUACGUGCACCUCAGGCCAGCACACCCCACGAGCUCUCCUGCUCAUACGCACCAGGACUUCCAGCCAGUGUUGCACCUGGUGGCACUCAACGGCCCGCUGUCAGGCGGCAUGCGUGGCAUCCGCGGAGCCGACUUCCAGUGCUUCCAGCAGGCGCGUGCCGUGGGGUUGGCCGGCACCUUCCGCGCCUUCUUAUCCUCCCGGCUGCAGGACCUUUACAGCAUCGUGCGCCGUGCUGACCGUGGGGCUGUGCCCAUUGUCAACCUCAAGGACGAAGUGCUGUUCCCCAACUGGGAGGCCCUGUUCUCAGGCUCUGAGGGCCAGCUGCCACCUGCAGCUCGCAUCUUCUCUUUUGAUGGCAGAGACGUCCUGAGGCACCCCGCCUGGCCCCAGAAGAGCGUGUGGCACGGUUCAGACCCCAGUGGUCGCCGGCUGACUGAGAGCUACUGUGAGACGUGGAGGACAGAGGCUGCCUCAGCCACAGGCCAGGCCUCCUCACUGCUGGCAGGCAGGCUGCUGGGGCAGGAGGCCGUGAGCUGCCAAAAUGCCUAUGUUGUGCUCUGCAUCGAGAACAGCUUCAUGAGCUCCUCCUCCAAGUAGGGCCUCUGCUCGGACCACACGGGACAGAGUCAAGGAGGAGACAGGUACAGGGUGCGGCGAAAGCCACACUGCCGGCAGGGAGCGGGCCUACACCCAGGGCCCAGCCGGGACACUUUCCUGUAUUGCUCACAUUUCAUGUAAUCCUCAGAAAUAAAAGGAAGCCAAAGAGUGUUUUUUAAAAAGUUGAAAA